AUGGUAGUGGCGAACGGACGCUUUCGCUUCGCCAUUGAUCGCGGUGGAACGUUCACCGACAUCUACGCGGAGCAACCCGACGGCACCGUGCGCUUGUUGAAGCUUCUAUCGGAGGACAAGGAACACUACAGCGAUGCGCCACAAGAAGGCAUCCGCCGUAUCAUCGCCGAGUUCUACGGCACAAGGCACCACAGCACCGACACCAUUGACCCACAUGUCAUCGAAUGGAUCCGAAUGGGUACCACUGUGGCAACCAACGCGCUCCUCGAACGCAGGGGAGAGCGUUGUAUCCUCCUCGUUACAGCGGGUUUACGCGACCUCCUCCAGAUCGGCUACCAAUCACGACCGGAUAUCUUUGACCUACGUGCUGCGAGACCCGCUGUUUUGUACGAGGAUGUUGCAGAAAUACCGGAACGUGUCCGACUGGUAUCCGCCGCAGCCUACGAGUCGCUGGAAGCAGUGGAACGCCAGCACCUCAUCGCUACCCGAACCGGUCAAUGGGUGCAGGUAUUACGCCCACCAGCCUUGGACGUGGCGGAAAGCGCCCUCAAAGAGGCACUCCAGAAAGGCAUCCGCUCGGUGGCGGUUGUCUUCAUGCACGCGUACGCAUACGAUACCCAUGAGCAACAGGUAGGUCACCUGGCCCUCUCACUCGGUUUCCAACACGUCACGCUGUCGUCUUCGUUGACCAACAUGCAGCGGGUUGUACCGCGCGGACUCACGUGUCUCGUGGACGCCUACCUGACACCAUGUCUACGCAAGUACCUGGAAUCGUUCCGCGACGGAUUCAAAGGCCGUUUGCAAGACACCCUGGUAGAGUUGAUGCAGUCCGAUGGCGGCCUCUGUCCACUGGAGUCGUUUACCGGUUACAAGGCGAUCCUGAGCGGCCCCGCUGGCGGUGUUGUCGGCUACGCGAAAACCAUCUAUCCGUUGACGGCGCUGUCGAGUCCAGAUGGAAAACCUCAACCAGUCAUCGGCUUUGAUAUGGGCGGCACCAGCACCGACGUUUCACGCUAUGCCGGACAGCUGGAGCACGUUCUCGAGUGCGAAACAGCGGGCGUGAUGAUCCAGGCACCUCAGCUGGACAUCCAGACGGUGGCGGCUGGCGGAGGUAGUCGCCUCUUCUAUCGUUCCGGACUGUUGCAGGUGGGUCCCGAGAGCGCCGCUGCCGAUCCCGGCCCCGUGUGUUAUCGAAAACCCGGCGGACAACUAGCUGUUACCGAUGCCAACGUGGUGCUGGGGCGUCUACAGCCGCGCUUUUUCCCAUCGAUCUUCGGGCCUGACCAGAACGAAUCCCUCGAUGUAGAGGCCGCCCGCGCAGCUUUUGCCUCCCUUCGAGAACAGCUGACCAGAGACGACCCCGAGCGGAACCUGCUGAGCAUUGAAGAGCUAGCCUUGGGCUUUAUCCGGGUCGCGAAUGAGGCCAUGUGUCGACCCAUACGUUCGAUGACCGAGUCUCGAGGCUACGAUCCCGCCCAGCAUGUUCUUGCGUGUUUUGGUGGUGCCGGUGGUCAGCACGCCUGUGCAAUCGCUCGGAACCUCGGAAUGUCUACCGUGUACGUGCACCGCUACGCUGGUGUGCUUUCGGCGUAUGGUAUCGGCUUGAGUGAGUCCGUGGAGGAUCUGCAAGAGCCGUGUGCGCUAGAACUCGCACGUGACCUGGAACGAGCGCAGCAACUGCUCCAGGAGUUGGAGCUACGUUGCCGGAAAGCGCUUGAAAGACGCGGUAUUGCAAGUGAUCGUAUCCAGUGUGAGCGAUUCCUCCAUCUCCGGUACCAAGGUACGGAUCUGGCGAUGUUGAUUUCGGAACCGGGUGCUGCGGCUACCUGCGAGGAUUAUGCAAGCGCUUUCGAACAGGCCUAUGAACGUGAACAUGGGUUUUUGCUGCGAGGUCGAUCGAUUCUUAUUGAUAAUGUACGUGUACGCGUAGCUGGACAGUCUACAGUGUCGCCUGUGCAGACGUAUUCCACUGAUGCGACUGGUGCUGGGCAUUCGGAUUCGGGCGAGGAUGCCGCGACACGGGCCCCGGGGCCGCAACAGCAGCAGCAACAGCAGCUCGAAACGCUCUCGUCUACUGGUGCGCUAUUGUCAGUGCCAGAGCCGCUGGAUAUGGUUGCGGUCUACUUUGCCACUGGCUGGCAUACCAGGACGCCGGUCUAUGCUCUGGAGAAGCUUGCUCCAUACCAGACGUUUUCUGGUCCAGCGCUGCUUGUCGAUCCCGCCGGUGGUAUUACGAUUUUGGUGGAGCCUGCCUGCCAAGCUGCUGUGCUCGCGGAUCGGACCAUACGGAUUGACUUGUCGUCGGUUGCUGGUGCGGCAACACACUCGAGUAGUAGCAGUAGUAGCACUGAUAGUCUUUCUGUUGCUCAAAGCGUCAUUCAAGUGCCGGACGCUGUCAAACGAUCCAUAUUUGCACAUCGCUUUAUGAGCAUUGCAGAGCAAAUGGGUCGCACACUGCAACGCACUGCGGUCUCAACGAAUAUCAAAGAGAGACUCGACUUUAGCUGCGCACUCUUCGACGCCAAGGGAGGUCUGGUGGCCAACGCGCCCCAUAUUCCCGUCCAUCUGGGCUCGAUGCAAGACGCUGUUCGCCAGCAGGUGACGCUCCUGGGUGCAGACUGGCUUCCCGGUGAAGUGGUGAUGACCAAUCAUCCAGCAAUGGGCGGCACCCAUCUGCCGGAUAUCACGGUUAUCACCCCGGUGUUCCACGACGGACGACCAGUGUUCUUUGUGGCGAGUCGCGGUCAUCACGCAGACGUCGGCGGACUGACCCCAGGCUCAAUGCCGCCUUUCUCACGGACGCUUGCUGAAGAGGGCGCAGCCAUCGCCAGUCUCAAACUCGUCCAAGGAGGCGUAUUCCAGGAAGGACGUGUUCGAGAGCUUCUCCAGCACGCCGGAUGUCGGUGUCUGCACGAUGUGCUAUCGGAUCUGCGAGCCCAGAUCGCUGCAAAUCAACGGGGUAUCCAACUCAUGAACCAACUGAUCCAGGAACAGGGUCUUGGUGUUGUCGAGCACUUUAUGCAUGAGAUUCAGCGCACCGCUGCUGGAUUCGUACGCGAUGUCUUGCGACAAGUGGGGAAGCGCCAUGGGAAACGCACCCCAACGGGUCGCUGGCUGCUCGAGGCUGCCGACGUGAUGGAUGACGGCUCCCGGAUUCAGUUGCGGGUGGAGAUUGACGACAACGACAACGACAACGACAACAACAAUGACAAUGACAAUAAUGUCGACGACGGCUGCAGUGCUGUCUUUGACUUUACAGGAACGGAUGCACAGGUGGUUGCCAACUGGAAUGCCCCGCCCUCGGUAGCAGCGUCCGCGAUCAUUUACUGUCUACGGUGCCUCAUUGGACGUGAUGUACCACUCAACCAGGGCUUUCUGGAUCCGAUUACCAUUCGAAUCCCGGCAGGGUGUCUGUUGGAUCCUCAUCCCGAAGCCGCGGUUGUCGGUGGUAACGUCCUCACCUCGCAACGCGUAACCGAUGUGGUACUGCGGGCGUUUGGCGCUUGUGCUGCGAGCCAGGGCUGUAUGAACAACCUCACGUUUGGUACAGAGCACUGGAGCUAUUACGAAACAAUUGGUGGUGGCAGUGGAGCUGGACCCGGUUGGCACGGUGAGCACGGUAUUCAGGUGCAUAUGACGAACACGCGUAUGACGGAUCCCGAGCUACUCGAGUGGCGUUAUCCCGUUCUUCUGCGGCGGUUUCGUUUGCGAUCCGGCUCUGGUGGUCGUGGACGUUGGUCCGGUGGCAACGGCAUCGAACGAGAGCUCGAGUUUCUCGAGGACGGUAUCCAGGUAUCGAUUCUGUCGGAGCGACGCGUGUUUGCUCCGUUUGGUUUAGCUGGUGGUGAAGCUGGCGCCCGCGGACGCAACUGGCUCAUUCGCGCACCGGACACCAGCCGUGCUGCGCGAGCAGAAACGAAGGAAACUGAUCCCCAACAGACGCUAGGUGCAAGCGCUCCGAGCAGCAGCAGCAGCAGCAGUAGUAGUAGCAGUAGCGAUAUUGUCGGUGGUGCUGCGUUCCACGCAGGCACGGUGCAGGCGGCUGCAGGCGGCCUUGUGGACACUGCUGGGCGCGCUGGACAACCCAAGUCGCACAAAAGCGAGACGCGCUCAUCAAUAGACUCCUGGACCCGUACAGAAGCGCCACUCGAGCGUGCCUGGCUGGAUGAUCAAGCCGGUGUUGGCUCGCACAGGCACUGGCUGGUGAACCUCGGUAACAAGCAGUCGAUCCGAGUUGUUGCCGGUGAUCGGAUUCGCAUCUGCACGCCUGGGGGUGGUGGUUAUGGUACACCUGGCGCUGUUGUUGAGCGAAACACUUGA